UUAUUUGAGGAGCUCUUCAGUCCCCUUGUUACCCCUAUAGUACUCUGCUUUUCCCUGCGUCACAAAUCGAUGGAGAUCGUGGAUUUUUUCCGUAACUUUACGGUAGAUGUUGUCGGAGUGGGGGAUGUGUGUUCCUUUGCACAGCUGGACGUCCGCAAGCGAGACAACAAAAUAGAUGAUAGGGACGAUGAGGAAGAGCCUCAGCCAUCCCUGAGGACCAACAUGUUUACUCCAGAUCAAAGCCCCUCACAGGAGGGCAAGAUCCAGAUGUCCCUCAUGCACUUCCACCUUACAAACCCAGAGUGGAAACCUCCCAAAGAAUGCAGUCUGUUCAUCAAUGACAUCAAAGAAAAAGCCAAUAGAAACACUACUUCUCUAAGCAUCUUUAACCCUGUGACCCAGAAUAUGGUGAUGUCAUCUCAGGGGUCCCUUACAGGGUAUCUUUCUGGACUACAGCCCAGUGGAGCAGGAGCCCUGGGGUACACCAGCCUAGCGUCAAGCAUCGCCAUACAGAGCGGCAUGUACCCCCAGUCUACUCAAGUGUCCAUGGCCCCCAGUGUGAGUGGGGUCCACCAUAGGCUCCGGGGGGCCAUAUCCACCGCUGAAGGACCCUUGGAACGGUCCAUCGGUGGACCAGUGGGAACCAUGCAGGGCUCGACCAGCAUGAUCGGCAGUGGGUUGGGGGGAUACCACUCCAUAGGAAGCUCCAAGCCGAGUGUGGACGAGGGCUCGCUCGAACUGCUGUCACAUGACAUGAGUGUCAGCGCGCUGUACCUACACGACCUUCAGUCUCGCAAACAGAGAGGUCAAGGUCAAAUGGGAUAUGAAAAUAUAGAGGAAAUGCGUGCUAGGAACCUGUGGCAGAGACAGGACAGUAACCAAGGCCCAGUGCAUGCUGGGAUGCCUAAUAUACAGGAGAAGAGGGAAGAGGAGGAGAAAGAUAGUGGAAACACGGAAACCAUUGCUAAAUCUGUCUAGUGCCAACAAAAACUCCCACAAUGCAUAGCUUCUUGCUGGCAGCCACUUACUGUAACUACCAGCUGUUUGUGCUGACUGUGUGUCUGUGACUUAUAUACCAGCUAUCUGUUUUGUGCGAUAUCAUGUGGCAUUACAUGUACUUUCACCAUGUGUUAACCUUAUGAACUUGUUGGAUUUUAUUUAUUGACAUUUACUUUGUUUUAUUGCAUUCAGAUAUAUAGACAUGUACGUACAUGUAUGAUAUAAGGCACAUUAACCAAUAAAUACGUGUACAAUGUGUAUUAUGCUCCUAAAGCGGACAUGAGGUACUUUUCAUGUAACAAAAGCUGAAUUGUUUAUCUUGAUAUGUAGAAUUGAUCAGAUGUGCUUUGUCAGUAUCAGCUAUCAGUAUGAACCGGAAUGAACGAUCAGAUCUC